UCUGAUCACCUGUCCUGCCUCUCUGGACAAGGGAAAGGCUGGAAGCCUACCAGUGCGCUGAGCUUCGGGGAACACAGUUCCCAGGACACAGAAAAUAUUGGCUCCUUGGCAUUUCCAAAGCUAUUCCCUCAAAGCACCAGCUCCUGAGCACUUGGGGACUCUGAAAGCUUGGGGUGAGCUCCAAUCACCUGUCCUGCCUCUCUGGACAAGGGAAAGGCUGGAAGCCUACCAGUGCGCUGAGCUUCGGGGAACACAGCUCCCAGGACACAGAAAAUAUUGGCUCCUUGGCAUCUCCAAAGCUAUUCUCUCAAAGCACCAGCUCCUGAGCACUUGGGGACUCUGAAAGCUUGGGGUGAGCUCCAAUCACCUGUCCUGCCUCUCUUGACAAGGGAAAGGCUGGAAGCCUACCGGUGCGCUGAGCUUCGGGGAACACAGCUCCCAAGACACAGAAAAUAUUGGCUCCUUGGCAUCUCCAAAGCUAUUCCCUCAAAGCACCAGCUGCUGAGGACUUGGGGACUCUGAAAGCUUGGGGACUCCUACUUUAAAGGAGGACACACAACCUGAAGUUCCUUCUUUUUAACACCAUGGACGUCACACAACUCAGAUUCCAGGACAAGAAUCUGAUGUCAGAAAGAGUUGAAAAGUUAUCUGAAGGAGAGAUGGCUGGAAGCACCCCACAGUUGGUGAAAAAUGUGGAUCCACCGACAUUCACAGAGCCCUCUUUUCAACUCAAGGGUCCAGGGGGCAUUCAUCAAAAAAGACAGCAUGCCAAGCCAGGAAGAAGGAAAGGAAGCAGAGAGAGUGACUGCAGCAUCACUGUCGAUCAGGACACGGACUAUGCUGAACUGGUUCUGUCUGUAGGAAAAAUCACACUUGGAGAGAAGAAUAGGAAUUCAAUGAAAGAUAGUCAACAAAGAAGAAGAGAGGCCAAAAAUAUCUUACAGUCUGUGUGUGCCCUGCUCAAUUCUGGAGGGGGUGUGGUCAAGGCUCACAUUAAAAAUGAAAACUACAGCUUCACCAGAGAUGGAAUAGGACGGGAUUUGGAGGAUUCCUUGCUCGGGGUCCUGCAACUUCCUCAUAAAUAUCUAGAUGUCAUGCAGCACAAAGACUACUUUUUCACUUUUGUGAAACCAUGGAAGCCGAAUCACAAAGGUCCAGGGAUCACCACCUUGAAAACCAACUUGUACCAGAGAAGCAUCUCAUCCUCAGAUGAACUGACAUUAGCUGCUGCACUGCAGUUCCUCAGAUCCAGACCAAGCUCACCUGGGGAAAACGUCCAUAAUGAACUGCUAAAUAAAUGUCUUGCCUUAUUUAACAGAGACUGGCUUGCCUAUGAAGAGACAUUCUGUUUCACUAAAUCCAUACAUGCUGAAGUAAAAUUGACUCCCAAGGAAAAGAUUUUUCCUAAAAAAGAGAUUUUAGAGAUUCUCCCUCAAACUAUUUCUGCAUUUGCAAACACUGAUGGGGGAUAUUUGUUCAUAGGUUUGGAUGGCAAAACCCAGAAAAUUAUUGGUUUUAAAGCAGAGGAGAGCGAUCUCAUGCUUCUAGAAAGUGAAAUUGAAAAGUGCAUAAGACAGCUGCCUGUCACUCACUUCUGUGAGGAGAAGGAGAACAUAAAGUACACAUGCAAAUUCAUUGAAGUGCACAAAUCCGGAGCCGUGUGUUCAUAUGUGUGUGCACUCAGAGUGGAGAGAUUCUGCUGUGCAGUGUUCGCUGCAGAGCCCGAAUCCUGGCAUGUGGAAGACAGCUGUGUGAAGAGGUUUACCACAGAGGAAUGGGUGAAGCGCCAGAUGGAUCCCAGAGCAGGUUUUUCCAAGCAAGAUAAAUGCACUCUUCAAUCAAGCAGCCUGUCACAAGUGAUAUCUGGAAAGGUGAUACGCUCUCCAGAAGCCCUCUGCAUGAAACCUUUCUUACCACAUGAAGGCUAUGAGCAGUUCCUCCUGACAGAGUUGCACUCGCUUCCUAAAGGAACACUGGUCAUCUCUAAGAGCUGGGCUUUGGAUCUGGGCUUGCAAGAGAAGCAGGGAGUCAUCUGUGAUGUGCUUCACGGUUCCCAGGACAGUCUCCUGACCCUGCACGGCUUUGUCUGGGGAGAUGAGGACCUGGAAGUCAACAGCGCUCUUCUGAGGGAACUAGGGGCCGAGUUAAAGGGCUAUUAUAAACAAAUUGCCCUAACCUUAAAGCAGACGUUGGUAAACCAGGGUGGUUACACUGGGAAAAUAGGUAUCGGGAUAAAGAUAACAUACGUGGGUCAUAAGGUCGUGUGUCUUUAUGAUUCUAGCUCGGAAAUACGUUACCCACGCAAAUAUUAUCUGACAACCAAGACAGUAAAGGACUUAGAAAAAGCUCUUGCUGAAAUCUUAGGAGGUCAUGAGUCUCUACAGCUUACACAGGAAAAAAUUGUAGCAAACUUUCUAUCUCUGCGUUUUUAAAGGCAUGCAAUUAUAUAGUUUACUUUUCGAGAAAUGUAUUACCUCAUAUUCGAGCCUGGCUUGACGUAAAAAAAAUGGAGUAUCG